AUGAAUCUUUUCUGCUUUUCACUGGAGGGCUCGAUGGAUAGCUUAUACGAGCCAGCCCCAGAGCAACAAGCUAACCAAGGAAGCACCUCUGUCGGGACUGGUUCUCUUAUCUCACCCUUUGGGGAGAGUGGAAAAGCACACAACAAUCUCUUCAUGGAAGUUUCUGAUUUUGAGAAUGCAAAACCGAAAAGAAAGUCAAUCCAGAGAUCUAUGUCUGAAAGCCAAGGAUUUGAAAGGAAAAUGGUGAAUGACACAAUCUGGCAAGAACCCAGCAAGCCAGAGAAUGAUUCCCACAUCAGAAGGCUCUGUCAGCUAAAAGAAGAUGAAGAUGAAACAUUAAUUUCUUGUAUGAAAUUAACCAAAUCGCAAGAAAAGAAAAUUAGUACUGUUAGCCCAAGAGGAAAGAAAGAAAUGGAGAGGAGAUUGGAUACCAUUUCUGCAUCACUGGUUAGAUCUAGCACUUCUACGGGAUGCAAUAUGGCAGAAAUGUUAUCCCACAAUGAAGGUGAAGUUCAGUUGUGGAACAGCUGGAAGCCUUUUCCAAAAAACCCUCUCCGGACAUGUGUUGAUUUUCAAAUUGCCCAAGUUGGACCCUGGAAUGACUGUUCCCGCUGCACUCACCACCCACAACUUAAGUCUUCCUGUACAGAUAUGGAUCUCACACAUUCUUGGCGCAGCAGCAGUUUUGGGAAUUUCGAUCGUUUUCGGAAUAAUUCCAUUUCAAAACCAGAUGACUCAGCUGAGGUAUAUGAAGGGGAACCCAUAAAUGAAAAUGGAGAACAGAAUAAGACUUCACAUAAUGGAGGAGGUUUAGGGAAAAGAAUGAGAGCUAUUUCCUGGACAAUGAAGAAAAAAGUGGGUAAAAAAUACAUCAAAGCCCUUUCUGAGGAAAAGGAUGAGGAAGAUGGAGAGGAUACCCUCCCUUACCGGAACAGUGACCCAAUGAUUGGAUGUCACACAGAGAAGAUCUCCCUCAAAGCCAGUGACUCCAUGGAUAGUCUCUACAGUGGGCGGAGUUCAUCAAGUGGAGUAACAAGCUGUUCAGAUGGUACAAGUAACCGGGAUAGCUUUCGACUUGAUGAUGAUGGCCCCUACUCGGGACCAUUCUGUGGCCGUGCCAGAGUACAUACUGAUUUUACACCAAGCCCCUACGACACAGACUCCCUCAAAAUCAAGAAAGGAGACAUCAUAGACAUUAUCUGCAAAACACCAAUGGGGAUGUGGACAGGAAUGCUGAACAAUAAGGUGGGAAACUUCAAAUUUAUUUAUGUGGAUGUCAUCUCAGAAGAGGAAGCAGCCCCCAAGAAAAUAAAGGCACACCGAAGGAGUGGAAAGGAAAAACCCAAGACUCUGCAGGAGUUCUUACAGAGGAUUCACCUUCAGGAAUACACCUCAACACUGUUACUCAAUGGAUAUGAGACCCUAGAAGAUUUAAAGGAUAUACAAGAGAGUCACCUCAUUGAAUUAAACAUUAAAAACCCAGAAGACAGGAUGAGGUUACUAUCAGCUGCUGAAAACCUCCUUGAUGAAGAAACUAUUCAAGAGCAAGAAAAUGAAUCUGAGCCCCUAUCCUUAAGCCCAGGCAUCUCCUUAAAUAAGUCACAGGCAGAUGACUGCCCAAGGGACUCUGGUUGUUAUAUCUCGUCAGAAAAUUCAGAUAAUGGCAAAGAAGAUCUGGAGUCUGAAAAUCUCUCUGACAUGGUACAGAAGAUUUCUAUCACAGAGCCAAGUGACUGAAUAUAUAUUCUUAACUUUAUAUCUACAGACACAUUCCACUUUAACUCGAUUUGAGCUAAAAGAUCAAAUAGGAAGGAAAGAGAAGUAUUUGCCAAUACAACCUACAGUUAAAAUGUUUUCAUCAGAAUGAUUUUACAUAAAUGUUCAUGCUCCAACAUUCUCAAUUAUUGUAAAUAGUAUGUAUAUUUAUUAUUUUGAAUGCUACAUGUUAAUAUUUCAUUUGCCUGUGUUAGAAAAAGUACAGUGUAAGUCUUUGGUGUGUGUGAGAUAAGAUUGAUUCAUCUUUAUUUUAUAAGUGCAAAAUGAAAAAUUCUGCAGGAAAAACUCCUUUUAUCAUCCCUGCCGGUUUUGAACUUAUCUACGUUAUUGAACAAAUAGUAAUGGAGCAUGUAUCUGUAUAACCGAUUGUCCAAGCAGGAGUCACACUCAUUUUUAUACUUUAUAGGGAAGUGUGAGUUGAUAUUGGAGACAUUUUCUCUUGAUCCACAGUGGAAUUUUAGUAAUUAUUCUUUGUUACUUUCUUCACUGUUAUCUGGUAUAAAAGAAUAGUAACAAGAUGUUGUCAAUUCUUUUUUAGUAAGACUAAUUUUAAUAAUUGUACAGAUGUUUCAUCUUUAAUUGUAAAUAUUUU